AUGAGUGCAUGCACAAGUCGAAGGAGUUUGAAAUAUUGUAUCAAAGACGUCCAAUAUUCAACAAGGAAAGCUGUUCCCACACUGAUGGAGAUGCUAUUCCGUCUCUGGUCUGGGAAAUAUUCAGAGAAGUCCAUGCAGAAUUCCAACAGCGUUAAACACGAGUCCAAGGAUGUAGAGCUCACUGCAGAGUAUCGAAAGGCAGAGCGAAAUACAUGUACUCCAAGACGCUCGAGUCUUGAUCCUGUUCCGGUUCGACCAGGUCCAGGCGCAUGGGGCGACAUUCGCAGCAAUUUCAAUCCACAUGCGGCGACAUUGAUGAACUUUUUUGUUGAAAGGAACGAAUUUACAGAGAUGCUUGCAAAAUUUUCCACCAUUCAUUAUAGGUCGGGUAUUGAUUUUCCAGUGAAGUUCUCAACUCGUCAAGAAUAUUGGCAAAAGCGGACAUUACAUAGGUAUGAACAGAGUAAACUUUUGGCGAUCCAAGAAACCUGUGGCGAAAGAGAGGCUGAGACUCUAGGUUAUCUGUACAGUAAUUUCCGAAUGAAGUCGGCAAAGCCGGUCCAGAGGGCCAUGCAGUGCCAGCUUGCGCAUUGUCAACCAGUAGGGAACAUGCAAAGUCGCCACGGAAACUUUGUUUAA